GAACAUAUUACCUAAUUUGGCGUGUAAUGGGCGGAUUGGCGGUGGGUGGAGGGGAUCCCUCAUAAACUGGAGUUAAAAGUGUCCUCACUGAUUGAAAAGUCAGAUCCAAGACCGCGCCUACUUGUUUCAGACUGAGCACUUCGAGAGAACGAUAACUGGACAAGCCGACAACCAAGAAGAGACGGAAUAAAAGUGGACAUCCAUUCCUGUUAUUCACAGUUGACAUUAAUUGGCCUGUAAAUCUUCUUUUUGUCAGCCCAUCAUGCCGGUGGUGUUGCGUUCCUCGCCUCUCCUGUGGGCCCGUGUGGCUGCCAUGGUUUUCGCCUGUGUAGCAUUCAGUGUAGCUCUAUACGGAGGGAAUCUAACCCACGGCACGGGUGAUUGGUGCGUGUUCUGCUGGAGUUUCAGUUUUGUUGGAACUCUUCUGAUAAUCUUAGUGGAGAUGUUUGGCCUGCAGACCCGCGCCCCUGUUUCAUGGAAGAACUUUCCCAUCACAUUCGCCUGCUACGCCUCCCUUCUCUGCCUCUCCGCUUCCAUCAUAUUUCCACUUUACUUCCUGAAGGGCUAUGCCGGUCGCACCGAGAUGAUCAACUGCCGCAUCGUGUCUACUGUAUUCUCUUGCCUUGCCACUAUCGCGUACUUAAGCGAGGUGAGUCUCAGCAAGGCUCGUCCGGGAGAGGUGGCCGGCUACAUGGCCACAGCACCAGGGCUGCUAAAGGUGUGCGAGACCUUCGUUGCCUGCAUCAUAUUCGUCUUCAUCAGCGAGCCGGUAUCGUAUGACCAGAAUGCGGCGACCAAGUGGUGCCUGUCUGUGUACUGCAUCUGCUUCAUCUUGUCGGCAGCCAUCAUCGUGAUGUGUGUGGGAGAGUGCACAGGUUGCCUGCCCUUCUCCUUCGCCCGCUUCCUGUCUUCAUAUGCCCUCCUGGCUGUGGGCAUGUAUCUGUCCGCCACCAUCAUCUGGCCCAUUUAUAAGUUUGACAAUAAGCACGGAGGCCAGAGCCACAGACCCAACUACUGUGGCUCCAGCAUCGGCCUGUGCCCGUGGGACAAGCUGCUGGCCAUCUCGGUGCUCAGCGCUCUCAACUUCAUUCUCUAUCUGGCUGAUCUCAUCUACUCAGCCAGGCUGGUUUUUGUUAAUGCUUAAGGGGUUUAGCGAGAAUUAAUAGAAGACCUUAAAGAGUUAAAAGGCUGAAAGAGGGAAGUGGGUUGGAGAGUAACGAUGCUGAAAUGAAAGGUCAUAAACUAUAUUCACUGUUAGCUAUUUUUUUUUUUGUCAAGCCUGUUUAGCAAUCAUGUGUACUGAAGGCAAAAAGUUGGACAUUUUAAAACUUUUUUUUUUUUUUGUUAAAAAAGUGUAAAAUGUAACAACUGGACAAAUGAAUAUAUAUAUAUAUAUACACACACACACACACACACAUAUAUAUAUAUAUAUAUAUAUAAAUGCACAUUUUAUAUAAAAAAUAAUUUGCAUAAUAGAUGCUUGACAAAAAUGUUAUACAAAUAUAUUAUAUAUAUAUAUAUAUAUAUAUAAUGCUGCAUGUAAGUGAUCAAAAAUACAAUAAAAAAAAAAGUAAAAUUGUGAAAUAUUAUUACACUUUAAAAUACAUUUUGUGCAUUAGAUGUAAAAAAAAAUGUAAAAAAAAUUUACAUUUUUUUUUUUUAAAAAUAAAAAAAGUUUGCGUAAUGGAUGCUUGACAAAAAUAUUAUAUAUAUAUAUAUAUAUAUAUAUUUAGCGCUGUUCAAUGAUGAUCAUGAUUAUCGUGUCCAAAAUAAGAGUCUGUGUUUACAUAAUAUGUGUAAAAAUAUAAAUAUAUAUAUAUAUAUAUAUAUAUAUAUAUAUUUAUACAUACAUGCAUAUAUUUCUUAACUAUAUACAUGUAUGUAUGAAUGUGUAUUUAUAUAUAUAUAUACAUAAUAAUUAUACACAGAACAAACACACAUAUAUCACGUAAACACAGACUCUUAUUUUGUACAUGAUAAUCAUGAUUAUCGUUGAACAGCCCUAAUAUAUAUAUAUAUAUAUAUAUAUAUAUAUAUAUAUAAUGGAAAAUGUAUUUUAAAAUGUAAUGAUAUUUUAAAUGUAAAAAUAUUUUUGUAACUAUUUUUGAUCAAUUAAAUGCAGCAUUAUAUAUAUAUAUAUAUAUGGCUGCAUGUAAUUGAUCAAAAAUACAGUAAAAACUAAUAUUGUGAGAUAUUACACUUUAAAAAACAUUUUCUAUAUAUAUAUAUAUAUGCUUGACAAAAAAAAUCAUUUUUUUUUUUGUUAUUUACAUACAAGUAAAUACUAGGUUCACUUGUUACAUUUUACUUUUUUUUUUUUUUUUUUUAAUAUUAUUUUAAUUUCUUUGUGCUUUAAGUUGCUUUGCAUGAAGGAUUUCUUCUUUUAUUAACUACUAUAGCUUUAUGAGUUUGAAUGAGAGAAUGCCAAAUUGCCAAUCACCACAAUAUAACACCCUUGAGCUCAUUCAGGUUAAUCAGCAUCCAUUAAAAACUGUGUUUGCACUUAAUGUCUGUUAUGUAAUACUUGAUAUGUUUCAGUACAUUACACUGCUCUUUGUUGUAUAUGUGUCAAGUACAUAUAAUGGGAUGAACCGUUAAAAUUCAUUCCUAAAAUGUAACUUCUGUCACAUAAGACACAUUGACGAUGAAGGGAAAUAUAAAUGUAUAUUUGGACAUAUCAUUAAAGUUUGAAGACAUCUUGAAUAUAUUGUUAUUCUUAUAUACAUGUUGUACUGGAUUCAUAGUUAUGGCAUACUAUUGCUAUAUGGUUUUGCGAAGUAUGCAAAUAUGUUACAAAUGUUUUUCUUGUCAAAUCUCUAUAGAAACCAUUGCUGUUCUUUUGUACACCAGCGGACAGUAUCAGUUACACAAACACCUCACGAUAAAGAAAGAAAAUGAAAUGUUGUUUGCUGUGCUGUAAGUCUCUGGGAUCUGCAUGUGCCUGUCACAGACUGUUACACAGUCCUCAAUGCUUGAAUGAGAAUGUUUUCAUUGUGUUAUCAAAGAGCGAGAGAGCACGUGUGGCACUGUCUCUCUCUCUGUGCUGAGAGGAGAAUAGCACACCGCAGCGUUGUCUGAAUGUGUAAUCAAGCUCUGAAUAAAAACCAUGAUGAAGAAACAA